AUGCAGAACCUGUCACUGGAGGAAAGUCUCCCUAGCACAGACACAUCUCACUCCAUGUCUCUAGAAGACCCAGCAGCUGAAGCAGGUGGUGUGUCUCUUGAUAAAAGUGACUGCAACUCCAAUGAAAGGACAAAUAAUGAAGAAAUUCUUAAUCUUGAAGUAAGGCAGCAAAGCCUCCCUGUCAUGAAUAGCAAAAGGAGAAGUGGUGAGGGUUUUUCUGAGAGCAGUUCUGAUACCUCAGAAGCUGGUGGUUCCUGGGGUGAUUUUGAAGGUUUCACAGAGUCCUUAGACAAAUCAGAGAGAUUCGGUCAUAAUCUUGAAGUUUUGGUGAAGUCAGCAAAACCUCCUAGAGAUGAUACAGACUUAAGCAGAGGAUGUGGCAGAGCUUCUGCUGGGCACUUUUGUUCCGAGCCAUCUCUACCAAGUGGGAUACAGGAGGCUUCGAGCUCUCACAGUGAGGCAAACCACAGCUAUGAGGAUAUAUUUAAGUUGGGCUUUCCAGAAGUCUUUGUAUCAGAGUCCAGAGAGAGCAUAAGAAGCUUAGAUCAAGUACUCGAUACAAAUAAUGAAGAUGUUGGAAUUCCUGAACUUACAAAGAAUCAACCCUGCAUUGACUCUGGAAACAUAUGGAGAAGACUUAAAGACUUUGAUAAUACCCCCAGCUUAAGACAUCCCUGGACUAAAUCUCAUUGGCAAGAAAACCUCUUGAGCGUUCUUGGAAUAGAUGCAAAUCGAAAGGACUUUUCGGGGAGUCAGGAUGAUGUUUUUGAGGAAUCAAAUGUUAAUGAGGACUUCAGGGUUGAUGGCUUCAGUAUUAAUGACUGCAAAUCACUGAUCCAGACCAAGCUUUCUGUAUCACCGGCUUCCAGACAUGGCCAGCUUUUCACCUGUAGCCUCUUUUUGAAAACCACAUCAUCAGAUGGCAACAUGCAAUAUAUAACAGUCCCAAAGAAGAAGCACAUUUUCACUACACAUAACCUAAAAAGGAAAUUUUUCAGUAGUGAUGUUUGUUGA